UUUUGUACUGCAAAACGAUAGCCGCGCAGUAGCGCCAUUUUGCGUGUGUUGCAAUCUGUCUGAGAAAAUAUUUCAUUCUUCGGAAAGCAGUGAAUUUUAGUGAAAAAAUAAGCCGCAAAGUGCACCCGUGCUCGGUUUGAUUUGUUAGAAACAAUUGAGUUGUGAAAAUACGUCUCUCAGGGCGGUGUUGUGUUACUUUUCAGCACAGAGGUGUUGGUCAGUAAAUUUUUCGGCUGGUAUCAGUGAAAAAAAAAACUUGGUUGAAAAAAAGUGUUCCGGGAACGCGUUAGCUACCAUUUGAGUUUAAAAGGUUUAUACAAAAAUUAAUUAAAAUGAUGUUCACGGGCACCAAUCAACAACAGGAUACUCGCUUUAGUGACAAGGAAAAAAAGCUGUUAAAACAGAUGAAAUUUGGAGAUAGUCUAAACAAACGGGUGGACAUGUCCAAAGUAAAACUGGACGUACUCCGCCCUUGGAUCAGCAAGAAAAUAACCGAUAUGCUCAACAUUGAGGAUGACGUUAUUGUGGAAUUUGUCUACAAUCAACUGGAAGAAGAAAAGUUUCCAUGUCCAAAAAAGAUGCAGAUUAACAUGACUGGUUUUUUGAAUGGUAAAAAUGCACGCGUUUUUAUGGAAGAUUUGUGGGCUCUUUUACUGUCGGCGCAAGACUCUGAUACUGGCAUUCCAGCUGAGUUUAUAGAACAGAAAAAGGAUGAAAUUAUGAAGAGGGAAGAGGACUCAAAAUUACUCGAAGAGAUCAAGUCGCGAAGAUCGCGCAGUCGUGGCAGUCGCGAUAGGGAUGAUCACAGAAAGAGCAAAAAAGAGGCUCGGCCAAUGUAUAAGCCUGAACCAGAAGAGUAUCUUGAUGAUGAGGAAAAAAUGAUUGAAGAUUUUAUUGAAGCUGACGUUCCAAUUUCGAAGGAUAAAGAACCAAAGAAAACGGAAGAGGCUAAAAUCUCUUCGAUUUCGAAAGAAAUGUUACUCGAGAAAAACCUCAAAAAGUCUCCUGAGAAAAAUAAAGAAACACAGAAUAAGUCGACAGAAAAUAAUACAGAGAAAUCACGCCGAAAGUCUCGUGAUCGUUCGCGUUCCCGAGAUCGGCGUAGAUCACGCGACAGACGUUACUCUAAAGAUCGCAAGUCGUCUCGGGAGCGGAAGACGUCUCGGGAUCGUAAGUCAUCACGUGAUCGAAAACCGUCAAGGGAUCGCAAAUCAUCUCGGGACCGCAAGUCGUCGCGGGAUCGCAAGUCGUCUCGUGAUCGAAAGCCGUCUCGAGAACGUAAAUCAUCCCGAGAUCGUAAAUCGUCUCGGGAACGUAAGGCGUCUAGAGAGCGUAAGUCUUCUCGAGAGCGUAAAUCGUCUGGAGAUCGUAGGUCCUCACGGGAUCGUAAAUCCUCUCGAGAUCGACGUCGAUCGAAAUCUCCACAUCGAUCUCCAGAUAGACCAAAAAAGCGCAGCCGUUCGCCAAAGGAUAAGCGUGAUACGCGCACCAAGCGUUCACCAAGUCCCCCCCGACCUAAGAAGAACGAAUCUCGGGAUAACCAAACUGACAACGGUUCAAUGUCGAAGUUGCAGUCAAAAUUAAUGAAUUUUGCAGAGGGUAAAAAAAUAUCACCAGCCGUUAAGCGUCGCAGCCAUAGCCGAUCAACAUCGCGUUCCCGUUCCAAAUCUCGUUCGGUUAGUCGGAAAAAAAGUGUCAGCCGGUCUCGAUCACGAUCCAGGUCCAAGUCAAAGAUCAAAGUUCGCAAAGGAGGACGCAAGUCACGCUCACAUUCGAAAACUUCUCGCAGCUCAGUUUCGUCGCGUUCAUCUUCUAGCAGCCGCAGUGGAGAUCGCAGGAAAAAACCACCGGCGAAGAAGCCGCACACUGGUAAAAGCCGUAGCAGAAGCCGAAGUCGCAGCCGCAGUCGCAGUCGUAGGGAUACAUCACGAUCUAGAAGCUGUUCCCGUAGCAGUCGCUCGUCGUCUCGUCCUACUAAAAAGGAUGAUUUUGAAAUCCAGAAAAAGGAGAACAGCGUUCAAAAGAAGCGACACUAUCGCUCCAACAAGGAUUCAUCAGAUUCAGAACCGGAUCGGGGCAAUCGUGGAACCGCUCGAAAGGGAGAUGAUCGCAGUGGACGAGAUCGUCGCUCUUCCAGAGGCCGAAAGGAUCGUUCCCGCUCCAGGAAUCGCUCUAAAUCAAGGAACCGCUCUCGCUCGCGCAAUCGAUCCCGCUCUCCAAAACGUUGGUCACGCUCACCUAGAGGACGAAACAAUCGCGAUAAACCUUCUACAGGCGGACGUGGUUCUAGUGCUGGUCGUUCUGGCGGUGGAAACAAAGCAGCAGCAAGAGGCGGUGGAAACGAAGUAGCAAGAGGAGGCGGUGGUGGAAGCGAAGGAGGCAGAGGAGGCCCGAUUUCCAACAACAGCAGCUCGAAUCGUCGCAAUUCCUCGCCAAAACGAAGCAGUGGUGGAGGAGGAAGUCGUAACAGUGGUAGCUACUCAACUUCAUCUCGCCGAGCGGACAGUCCCAUUCGGGAGUUCAACAAUUACAAUAGACGACCAUCACGCGAUCAACCAGCUUCUAAUCAAUGGCGUCGUUCGGACGAUCAGCAAUCAUCCGGUCGUCCUCCGAUGGGGCCCCCUGUUUCUAGAUUUGAUGACAGACGAGGCAAUACGAGUAACGCGAGUAGAGAAAAUAAUCGGGAACAAACUGAUACCAGACGUAAACCUACUGAUACACGUAACAGUUGGAGCGAUGAUAGGAAAACUAGCGGAGCGAAAUCAGAAGGAGAUACUCUAGACUCUGGAGAACUUUGGGAUGAUGGAGACAGCGCCCCGAUUGUUGUUGAUAAUAAGGUCAAUAAAGAAAAGGAAAGAAAACGUGAAAUAGAGCCAGAAGAAACCAAAAGAGUAUCGAAAAAGCAGGAAGUUGUUAAAAAACAAGAGUUGUCGAAGAAAGAAGUUGUCAAAGUUGAGGAAAAGAAACCUCUUAUAAGAUCUAGGUACAGCAGCAGCUUAUCUAGAACCCCCUCACCUUUCUUGAAGUCUCAUGAGCGAGUUUCUGCAGCUUCUUCAACUACAGUGAAUACAAGUUCUGCAGCUUCCAAUACGUUGUCCCAAUCUACCAAUAAUGCAGUGACGCAUAAAGAGGAGAAAACGACUUCAAAAACCAGUCUAGUGUCAACGUCUAGCCAUAAAGCCAAAACCAAGGCAUCCGUGACUCAAAAUAAAAAAGAAAGCAGCGGAAGUGACAGUACAGGAAGUAGCAGUGAAUCGGAGGAGGAUCGAUCUCGCAAGAAUAAAUUGAAGAAGAAACCCUCAAAGAAACGCAGACAUUCAUCGACAUCCAGUGAGGAAGAUUCAUCUGAUGAAAGCGACAGAGAGGAUGAAUCAUUGAAAAAACCUUCAAAGCAAGAAGCUGCAGCGAUACUGGCAGAAGAACGUAAGAAAAAUAUUGCUCUCAAGCAGGAAAAAGAAAAGGAAGCUGCAGCAGCAGCUGCUGCUGCUGCCGCCGCUUCUCAAGCGGCAGCUUCUAAAGCGCGGGAAGAAAAUCACAAAAAACGUAAGCGAACAGUGAGUUCGGAGUCAAAGCAUGUUGAUGAUAAGAAGGUUACGGCUAAAGAAGUCAAGCAAAAAAAGGUGGAAAAGGUUUCGUCCUCAUCAUCUAGUGAUUCAGAAUCGGAACGUUUAAAGAAGAAGCGUCGCAGAGAAAAGAAAAAGAAAGACGUUUCCGAUGGCAGUUCUUCCGAUUCAGAUGGAACCAAGAAAAAGAGACACAAGAGACAUAAGAAACACACAAAGAAGCAUAAGAAACAUAAGAAACACAAGAAAGGCAAAGGCAAACAACGAGACAGUAGUUCUUCAUCGGAUGAUGAAGAAAAUGUCCGUGGUCCAGGAGGAGGUGCGGUAAAUGACGAUUUGGAAAAGCAACUGCGCGAACGCGCACUGAAGUCGAUGAAGAAACAGCAAAGCAUUUCCGACUGAGACCGAUAUAAACAAAAAUUUCGACGCAGAAUUGUGUGAAAGAACAACUUGUAGACUUACUUUUAGACCACACAGAUUUAUUAAUCGGAAUGCUUCAACAAAUUACAAACUAUUUGAUUGUAAAGUGUUGUUGUACCAUGAAUAAUAAAAGAGAAUAAAAUGGUUUACAAAUCAACAAAGUUACAUGUAAACUGCUGAUUUUCAGAAAAAUUGUAACUUGCAACGGUGACAUAAAAUACAUUGGGACAGCACUUGCAGCUUCCCCAAUAGUUAUGUUCGUAGUUCCUUCUGAAUAUUUCAUUAAAAUUAAGAUUAACAUUAAUGUGCUUUUCAUUUUGGCUUCAUAGCAACCCAAAAUGUCAUAUCUCUGUAACGAAAACGUAAUCGAAAUUUUGGAUAUUAAACGACAGCAUCAUACACAAUAUAAUUAGUAUUGUAAAAUAACUUCAGCAGUUGAACAUGUCAUAUAACUGCACAAAGGAUCUAUGGAUGUUCUCAAUUUACGCUAGCAGUGUGGCAGAUAUUUCUGGUCUCUCGUUAUUUUAGGUGUCGUUUAAUGUCGUUUGUGCACACAUUAGAUUCCAUUUUUGUCACCAUUUCAUUUAACUGUCAUGUGUGCCUGUUUAGAUUAUUUCAAGCUGGCUGCCUUCGGUUACUUCAACGAUAAACAGCUUUAAAACAAAGUACGUUCUGGAAUCAUUAACACGACCAAUUCCUAGUAUUUAAUGAAUUGUGAAUGGUACAACUAUAAUUGACAUAUACAAUAAAUAAAAAUAUCAUCCGAUUUACAUGCUUUUUUGUUUUUUUUUUUUUACAUUUGUCUUUCUCAUGAAUUCUUAAAAAAGGUAACACGGAGAGACCAUAAGUACUCCGCCUGCAUAAAUAUUUUAGUGUUAGAAGUUUAUAUUACGUCGUAGGAAGAGAACAAUAGAACUAAUACAAUUACUAUUUUGUCAAAACAAUAUAUUCACUACUAGCAUCUUGAACUUGAAUAUUCACACAUUUACAAUAUUCAUACAUCAUAUCUCUAGUCUACCAUAAGGUGAUAGUUUAGGACCACCUUUCAUUUAUUUCGUCAAACUGAAGUUGACUACAAAACUCGUAACAACUAAAACUUGUUUUAUCUCUAAUUCAAUACAUAAAAAUCACAUUGUUAAGUUACAAAGAAAAAAGUAAAGUUACGCACGACUAGCAUAAAAUCCGCUCUUGACGGUAGUUUUUUUCUUUGCAGCAGAGACCGUUCAGGACCAUUUUUCGAUUUUUUUUUUGUGAAUAAUGAACAAAUAAACACUUCGAUGGAA